AAUCAAUAUUUCAGGUUAGGUUUGUGCUGAUAUGAAUUCAGGGUACCCAACUGUUCUGUUUUCAUUUGGUUACUCCCUACGCAAAACAAUGCCCCUGAAAAGUAAAUGAAUCUCCUGCAGGGUUACUGACUUGCGAUGCAAAUAGGAAACCAGGGGCUGUCUCUCUCUGCCAACUCGUGGACAAAAAAAAGACCGUCCAACUCUUCAGUGACUCUAAGUGCUGGGAUUUACAACACCGUAGAGCAGCUUCAGAGGAGCGCCGGGUAUGCUGCAUUGGUCUCACCAUUUACUUGACUUUGAUAUGACUGGGACGACGGUAGACACAAGUCUGGGACACAAGUGGUUACUUUUUCACAAGUAACAGGGGUCUGAGGAGCGCGACACUUUUCAUUGUCCUGAAUCGAGUAAAGGGUUCUCACGGGUUCGUUUCUCAGAACAUUGUGUGACAUUUUCAGUUAAAAGGCGGUAGCCCUAAUCUGACUGGCCCGCAGUCGCCGCGCCCCCUGGUGGGCAUCCCGGUCACUGCCAGCCGAGACAACGUGGGAAAAGCAACACACAUCAAAGUUGCUGGUGAACGCAGCAGGCCAGGCAGCAUCUCUGGGAAGAGGCACAGUACGCGAUGGGUGCAGAAGACAGACGCCAGGUCCUGUUCCCAGGCCCCAGCUACACCGACCGGGAAAUCAUCCUGCAGCAUUACAACUACACGGGCAAGCUGCCAGACGGGGAGGGGGACUCGCUGCGGGUCACGCCCAUCCUCUUCAUCGUGGUGUGCUGUUUCAUCGUCUUGGAGAACCUGAUGGUGCUGCUGGCCAUCUGGCAGACCAAGAAGUUCCACCGCGCCAUGUACUACUUCAUUGGUAACCUGGCGCUCUCCGACCUGCUGGCUGGCGCCGCCUACACCGUUAACAUCCUACUGUCAGGUUCCAACACCUUCCGCCUGUCCCUGGCGCAGUGGUUUAUGCGGGAAGGCAGCAUGUUCGUGGCACUGGCCGCCUCCGUGCUCAGCCUGCUGGCCAUCGCCAUCGAGCGGUACCUGACCAUGAUGAAGAUGAAGCCGCACCACUCGGGAGGCAGCUCCCGCGUCUUCCUGCUCAUCAGCGGCUGCUGGCUGCUCUCGCUGCUGCUGGGCGGCUUGCCCAUUAUGGGCUGGAACUGCCUGCGAGGCUUCCCGCACUGCUCCACGGUGCUGCCACUGUACCACAAGCAUUACAUCCUCUUCUGCACCAGCGUCUUCAGCCUCAUCCUGCUCGCCAUCGUGCUGCUCUACGCCCGCAUCUACAUGCUGGUGCGGUCGCGGGCGCGCCGCCUGGCCUUCAACCGCUACUCGGUGCGCCCGAACCGGCACGACGAGAAGGCGCUGGCUCUGCUCAAGACGGUGAUCAUCGUGCUGAGCUGCUUCAUCGCCUGCUGGUCGCCGCUCUUUGUGCUGCUGCUCCUCGACGUGGCCUGUGAAGUGAGGGGCUGCCAGGUGCUCUACCGGGCCGAGUGGUUCCUGGCGCUGGCCGUGCUCAACUCGGCCAUGAAUCCCAUUAUCUACACGCUGACCAACCGGGAGAUGAGGCACGCCUUCGUCCGGCUGCUCUGCUGCGUCUCCUGCCGUCACAGGCUGGCAAGGGCGGCGACGGGUGCCCUGCCCGAGUUCAGCCGCAGCAAGUCUGACAACUCAUCGCACCAGCACAAGGAUGAGUGUGGCACCCCCGAGACCCUGAUGUCUUCGGGCAACAUCAACUCCUCGGCGUGACGCGGGCUCCCUGGUGGAGUGAAGGGGGUCACCACUCUUCCAGCGAUCGAGGCGGCAGCAUUCCCACGUGUGACAAUGUGACUAUCAACCUCGAGACAAGACGUGGCCCGGCUGGGUACUGCAGGGCAGGAGUGGGCUAAACCCAGCUGAAUUCACUCAACAGAGUGUCAGUGCAAACUCUUUAAAAUGCAUGGACACCAUAGCUCUGGACUGUUAAAAAGAGGCAAAUGCAUUUAAAGACGAAACAAAUGUGGCAAUAAAGACUUGAUUAAGUGUCGAGAAUCGUGACCCCUGUGGCCUUAUGUGGCUUUUUGGGGGAGCGGCAGAGAUUUUUGGAGCUUCGGGAACGAUUGAGUUUAUGGAGUACACUUUGUGGAAGGAUGGGCAAGUUCCCAGACACUCUGCUACUUUUGUGACUUUACUGACACUGUUACUUUACUAAGAGACUGAAGAUUUUAGAGAAACAUCAGGCAUUAAAUUCUUGUCUACAAUUAGUAUUAAAACAUUGUAUAAACUGUGUAAUGUAAAAUAAGAUAAAGAGAAUAUAGUGCUAAAAUCUUGAAAGUUAGAUUUGUUACUAAUGGGCCUCAAUUGUAUCAUUUUGAAUGUAUCUGGAUAGUGUCAUUCCAUCCUGUGUGAACUUAACCUUGGAUUGUUAAUUUAUUAACAUUUGUGAAACAUAAUUAGUAGUUCUCCAGAUUUAUUUGAAAAGAAUGAUUAUGAAUAUUUAGGUAUUUGCUCAAACAACAAAAAACUGUCUAAAUUAUUGAAUGUGUAAUUAGGAGUUGACACAAAGUAUUCAGAAUGUCAUGACUCGUUCAAUCAGAACAUUGCGAUGUUCUGAACACACUGUGAGAAAGGCACUGAAUAUUUGUAAAUAUAUAUACCUUUAAAUUCAAAAGAUGUUUCAAGAUUUCAUCAAUUUCAAUGCACCUUUUUGAUAGCAGAAACGCUACCAAUCAAGUAUUCACUUAUAUAUAUAUAUACAUACAUGAAGCUGGGAAGUAGUGAAACCAAUAAGUUUCCUUUAACUGAUAAAGUCAGUUGGAAAACCAAGAUGAUUGAAAUCAUGUAUUACAGUACAUGAUUAUAAGACACCUACUGUAAGACAUGUAAAACACAUUGUUUCUUGAUUAUAACACAUUGUUUUCUCAGAAAGAGAAAAUUCAUUUUCUUAAGUAAUUGAGAUUAAGUUCUGAAAAUGUCAUGGGAAUUAAUUGCUUUAACAAUUUCACAUUUUUAUCUUCAAUGAAAUAUCUCACAAUUUUCCAUUUCUCAAACCUUCUCAAGUCCAGCAAACAUCCAAGAUCCACACACUGUGUUUAUGAUUCUUAUGGAUCAUAGGACACAGCACUGAGGGACUGCCAGACAACUCUUCAUGGCUGAGUCAGUCUAUGGAAUUAAAGCCAGGUAUUUCCUGUGAGUCCUCCAAAUCCUUCACCCCAACCUUGGUGGUUAUGUCCUCAGCCAUCCACACCCUAAACUUUAGACUAACUUCCCCAAAUCCCUCCAUCUGAUUUAAACACUCAUCAAACCCCACCAAGUUACUGUUCUUUUGUUUUGCCAUGAACGGUAUGUUGUUGGCAGAAAAAGCUGGAAAUACUCAGCCUGUCACACCUCAUUUGUUGGAAGAGGAACAGAAUUGAUGUUCAGUUUGAAGAACCUUUGUCAGAACCGGGAAGGAAAUGAAGCUCAUAGGGAUGCAGAGAGAAUGGUGGAGGGGCGUCUAUGAAAGGGUAAACAGCUGAUCACAAGGAUAAACUGUGAACAGGUUAUGGAGUGAAUGGGAGCAGUGAGAUUGUAAGAACAUGGGGAUUGCAAAAUGCGGAGUAGGAAGACAUUCCUGAGAGGGCAGGCUGGGAAUGUCUUCCCUGCUCAGGGUGUAAAAGAAAAUAAACACGCUGAGCCAGCUUUACAGACAGACAACUUAUACGGAUGCAAUUCAAGUUAUGGUUUGGGAGAAAUACUUUAAGAUUGAAGACCCUUGGUUAGAAUGGACAAAGGGUCUCCAACCUGAAUUGUAACCUCUGUUCCUCUCAAAAGGUGUUGCCUGACCUGCUGAAUGAUUCCAACAUUUUCUAGGGUCUUAAUAUGUUGAUAUGAGUUAAGGCUCUAAAGCUCCAGUAGUGACCAUGAGAGAUUGAUAUUCAGGACGGCACAUAGAGCAACUGUGAAGGAGUCGACACACACCAC